GUAAGUUGUUCUUCAUUCUUCAUUCGAUCCAUCUGCUCUUGUGUGCGUUCUUGUGCUACGCCCUUGAAGCUUCCGCCUUGAUUUGAGCUCAGCCUUUCGAUACUUCCUUUUGCUCAACGAUACCCCUCUGCGCCUAUCCCACAAGCUCUCUGUACACACGAUACCAUGGCGGAGAUUAUUCGAGAAGCCCCGUUGGGCCAAAUUAUUAGAUGGGCCACGAGGAACAGACUCUUGAAAUAUCCAGAAGAGAUGGAAGGUUUCGAAUUACCAGCGACAUACAACGCUGUUCUAAAUUCUACUACCUCCCAGGAGAAAGGGCAAGCUCCACGAUCAUCACCACCGGUAUCACGAACAGUAACGCGGGAGAAGACUCGGCGAUCGAGUGACGGAUCCAACGAGUCAGCUACCGCCGAUGAGACCAACACUGUCAGUGAGGACUUAGAGAAGGCUGAGACACAACAACCAGGACCUUACGAAGACCCGGUGGCUUUAAACAUCAGCCGAACCAAAAGCCGUUUGUCAACAGUGCCUUACACCGAGGAUCGUCUCGAACUCGAAGCAGAACUCGCCAUUGAACGGACACAAACAAAGCCAAUCGUGCCAAUCAAGACAGCAGACGGAGUGGUCCUGGUCGAUUGGUACACAACCGACGACCCAGCCAACCCCCAAAACUGGAGCAAUGGCAAGCGUUUCGUCGUCUCUCUGAUCAUCUGCAUGUACACCUUCGUAGUCUACACCGGAUCGGCAAUCUACACCUCCAGCGAGCUUGGCGUAAUGGCAAAGUGGAACUUGAAGCCCGUCGACGCCUCUUUACCACUCUCCCUCUACGUCCUGGCCUACGGAAUGGGCCCCCUCCUCUGGGCACCUCUCUCCGAAAUCCCCAUCAUCGGCCGUUCCCCCGUCUACGCAGCAACAAUGGCACUUUUCACCAUCCUCUCCCUGCCAACCGCCAUGGUAAACAACUUCGCAGGGCUCCUUGUCCUACGCUUCCUGCAAGGCUUCUUCGGCUCCCCCUGUCUCGCCAUCGGCGCCGCAACAAUGCAAGACAUGUACUCUCUCCUGUACCUGCCAUACGCACUUGUCGCCUGGGUAUCAGCAGCCUACUGCGGUCCAGCUCUUGGGCCAUUGCUGUCAGGUUUUGCCGUCACCGCGAAGGGUUGGAGAUGGUCACUAUGGGAGAUCCUCUGGGCAGCCGGGCCCGUCUUCCUAAUCAUGUUCCUGCUCCUCCCCGAGACAUCAACACCCAACAUCCUUCUCCGUCGUGCCGCUCGCCUACGAAAACUCACAGGCGACAACAGACUCAAGUCUCAGUCUGAGAUUGACCAGAAGAAUAUGAAGCCCGGCGCGAUUGUCAUCGACGCAAUCGUCAAGCCGAUCGAAAUCACGAUCAAGGACCCAGCAAUCGCGUUCGUGAACGUCUACACUGCGAUCAUUUAUGGGAUAUAUUAUAGUUUUUUUGAGGUUUUCCCUUUAGUUUAUCCUGUGUACUACGGCUUCUCACUCGGUAUGAUCGGUGUUGUGUUCACUUGUAUCUUGGUCGCCUGUCUUAUUGGUAUUGCGGUUUACUGCGCAUAUCUUCAUUACUUCCUGAUCCCAGAUAUCAUGAAGCACGGUCUGCGAGCCCAGGAGUCGAGACUCGUGCCAGCGCUCUUCGCUUGUUUCGGUCCAACCAUUGGGUUAUUCAUGUUUGGGUGGACUGCGAGACCGGAUAUCCAUUGGAUCGCGCCCACCAUCGGUAUCACGAUCUACGGAGCCUCUGUCUUCGUCGUCAUGCAAUGUAUCUUCGUCUACGUCCCGCUUUCAUAUCCUCAAUACGCCGCUUCACUGUUCGCAGGUAACGAUUUCUUGAGGUCUGCGUUUGCUUGUGGUUCCAUUCUGUUUGGGAGACCGCUGUUCAUCAAUCUUGGGGUUGGCAAAGGUGUUAGCGUGUUGGGUGGAUUGAGUGUAAUCGGUAUUAUUGGGAUGUUUGUGCUGUGGAUCUAUGGCGCCAAGUUGAGAGCAAGGAGUAAGUUUGCUAUCUAGGUAGCGGCUUCUUUCGAGCUUGAUCCUUUGCCUGGAUUUGGAAUACAGGGUGUAGUGGGGUUGGAAAAGGAUGGGUGUUCAGGGUUUAGCGAGUAAGGGGUUAGAGAGAAUUGGUCUGGAUGAAUCAAUUUGGAUGUGCAAUUGGGGUUCUGGGCUUGCACUGCAUCCUGAGUGCCGGCAUAAUAAAAAGAGUAAUAUAUCAUAGAACCGAAUUUCU